CAUUGUGCAGUAAUUUACAUGCAUUUCUCUAGCUUUAAGAGAUCAGAUGUCCCUCUUCGUCUUGGGCUUGGUUUUAUAAUGUGAAAAUGGUGGGUGUGAGGACUGAGAAGAGUGGCUCAAUCCGGUCCGUUUUAUCUCAUGCAGAUGGGCUAGAUAUCUGGUUGAUGGUUUUGGGGUUUAUUGGAUCUGUAGGUGAUGGAUUGUCUAUGCCCCUUCUCACAUAUGUGGGCGGUCAGCUGAUGAACAAUGCCGGCGGCGCAACAUCGGCGGAGGAGGCUGGGAUAUUCGUCCAAAAUAUCAACAAGGAAGCACUCAGUUUGGUUUAUUUGGCCUGUGCAGUUUGGAUUGCUUCUUUUCUUGAGGGAUAUUGCUGGACAAGAACAGGGGAGAGGCAAGCCACAAGAAUGCGUGCCAGCUAUUUGAAAGCAGUCCUCAGACAAGACAUAGCCUACUUUGAUAUGCAAGUCACCAGCACUGCAGAGAUCAUCACAAGCGUCUCCAAUGACAGUCUCAUAAUCCAAAAUGUUAUAAGCGAAAAGGUUCCAGAUUUCUUUGCAAAGAUUGUCAUGUUCAUCGGAUGCUACAUGGUAGCUAUCCUGAUGCAAUGGAGAUUGGCAUUAAUGGCAUUUCCCUUUGUUCUUCUUCUUAUUGUUCCUGGUUUAAUGUGUGGAAGGACUUUGAUGAGUUUGGCUAGGAAGAUUAGAGCAGAGUACAGCAAAGCUGGGACAAUAGCUGAGCAGGCAAUAUCUUCUAUAAGAACUGUUUAUGCUUUUGCUGGUGAAAACAGAACCAUGGAUAAUUUCUCUGCAGCUCUACAAGGAUCUGUGAAGCUGGGGUUGAGGCAGGGCUUGGCUAAAGGCUUGGCCAUUGGCAGCAGUGGCAUUAUUUUUGCUCUGUGGUCUUUCAUUGCUUAUUAUGGUAGCAGGAUGGUAAUGCACCAUGGAGCUCAAGGUGGGACUGUCUAUGCAGUUGGCGCCUGCGUUGCCAUUGGUGGAUUAUCACUUGGGGCUAGUUUGUCUAACCUGAAGCCUUUCUCUGAAGCAUGUUCAGUGGGAGAACAUGCGAUGGAAGUCAUAAAAAGUGUGCCCAAGAUAGAUUCAGGCAACAUGGAUGGCCAAAUUCUGGACAAAGUUUCUGGAGAAGUCGAAUUUAGGCACGUUGAAUUUGCGUACCCCUCAAGGCAAGAAAGCAUAAUCUUGAAGGAUUUUAGCCUCAAAAUUCCAGCUGGAAAGACCGUGGCAUUAGUGGGAGGCAGUGGUUCAGGGAAAUCCACAGUGAUAGCACUUCUGCAGAGGUUUUAUGACCCACUUGGUGGGGAGGUUCUUCUAGAUGGGGUUGCUAUUAACAAAUUGCAGCUGAAAUGGCUAAGGUCGCAGAUGGGUUUGGUUAGCCAAGAGCCCACACUCUUUGCCACAACCAUUAAGGAGAACAUACUUUUUGGGAAAGAAGAUGCCAGCAUGGAAGAAAUUGUAGCGGCUGCAAAAGCUUCAAAUGCCCAUUAUUUCAUAUCCCAAUUGCCCCAGGGCUAUGAUACCCAGGUUGGAGAGAGAGGCAUACAAAUGUCAGGAGGGCAAAAGCAGAGGAUUGCCAUAGCAAGGGCAUUGAUCAGAGAACCUAAAAUUCUCCUCCUGGAUGAGGCAACAAGUGCAUUAGACUCUGAAUCAGAACAAGUUGUCCAACAAGCACUAGACAAAGCUGCUGUUGGCCGGACGACCAUGAUCAUUGCCCACCGUCUUUCCACUAUCAGACAAGCUGAUGUAAUAGCAGUGAUGCAGAAUGGCAUGGUUAUGGAAACUGGAUCACAUAAUGAAUUAAUGGAAAACAAGAAGGGCCUCUAUUUCUCACUAGUUCGUCUUCAACCGACAGAGAACGAGAAACCCCCACAAAAAGAAGCCUCAUUUUCAGUGUCAAACAUGGAUGUUCGCAGCACUAGCAGUCGCCGGCUUUCAUCAGUUAGCCAAUGCAGUUCUACUGAUAAUUCAGUAGCUAGGGAAAGCAUCGUCCAGGAUCAAAAAGUACCAUUACCAUCCUUUAGAAGACUAUUGACAUUGAAUUUACCGGAAUGGAAACAAGCAGUCAUUGGAUGCUUGAGUGCAAUCUUAUUUGGUGCAGUGCAGCCAGUUUAUGCUGUAACGAUGGGGUCCAUGAUAUCAGUUUAUUUUUCAAAAGACCACAAUGAGAUCAGGCAGAAGAUAAAGGUUUAUUCACUGAUUUUCCUCGGCUUGUCAUUGUUUUCAAUUGUGAGUAAUGUGAUUCAGCAUUACAGUUUUGCAUACAUGGGAGAGUUCUUGACAAGGAGGAUAAGAGAAAGGAUGCUUUCAAAGAUACUAACAUUUGAAGUCGGAUGGUUCGAUCAAGUCCAGAAUUCCAGUGGUGCCAUUUGCUCUAGACUAGCCAAAGAUGCCAGCAUUGUAAGAUCCUUAGUGGGUGACAGAAUGUCUCUCCUUGUCCAAACCUUCUCAGCCGUAACCAUAGCCUGUGCCAUGGGCCUAUUCAUUGCCUGGAGACUGGCUCUGGUCAUGAUAGCUAUCCAACCUCUUGUUAUCCUUACCUACUACACCAGAAAUGUUCUGCUCAAAAGCAUGUCCAAGAAGGCCACCAAAGCCCAGGAACAAAGCAGCAAGCUCGCCGCAGAGGCCAUCUCCAACAUCCGGAUCAUUUCUUCAUUCUCGAGCCAAGAACGGAUUCUUAAAUGGCUAAAAAAGACCCAAGAAGGCCCUACACAAGAGAACAUCCGGCAGUCCUGGUCUGCCGGAAUUGGGCUGGGAAUCUCUCAGUGUUUAGCACCAUUAAUUCUGGGCUUUGAUUUCUGGUACGGUGGGAUACUAAUCUCCCAAGGCUACAUUUCUUCAAAAGCCCUUUUUGAGACAUUCUUGAUCUUGGUAACCACCGGCCGGGUAAUAGCCGAUGCUGGUAGCAUGACCUCCGACCUCGCCAAGGGGUCAGACGCCAUUGGCUCCUUGUUUGCUAUCCUGGACCGGAAAACAAGAAUAGACCCAGAAGAUCCCGCUGGUUUUUUCCCGGAAAAAGUUACAGGACAUAUAGAGAUCUGUGAUGUAGAUUUUGCAUAUCCAUCAAGACCGAACAUGAUCAUCCUGAAAGACUUCUCAAUCACCAUUGAAGCUGGAAACUCAACGGCAUUGGUAGGACCGAGUGGGUCUGGAAAAUCAACAAUAGUCAGUCUGAUCGAGAGAUUCUACGACCCCUUGAAGGGUAUGGUGAAAAUCGAUGGAAGAGACAUAAGGAUAUAUAAUCUCCGGUCAUUGAGGAAGCGGAUAGCCCUCGUCAGCCAAGAACCGGCGCUUUUUGCCGGCAGUAUCAGGGAAAACAUUGCGUAUGGAGCGUCCAAUGAAGUAAGUGAAUCGGAGAUAGUGGAAGCAGCCAAGGCUGCCAACGCACACGAUUUCAUCUCCGGCCUAUCAGAUGGCUAUAAUACAGCGUGUGGAGACAGGGGAAUGCAGCUAUCAGGCGGGCAGAAACAGAGGAUCGCCAUAGCCCGGGCCAUACUGAAAAACCCGGCGACACCAUAUUUUCUUCCAUGCUCACUGUAGUAGACCUCAUAACACUUUGUAAGUUGCCAAUAUCUAAGCUAAAAAUAUCAACAUUCAACUGGACAGAUUGUAAAGUCACUGCAGGAGCUUCAUUUUUCUUAGUUUUGGCUUGCUUUUUCUUUUGAUUUGCAACACCCUACACCCAAAUUUGUCAAACAAAUGGUAAUAAAAAAAAAAAAGUCUA